AACGGGCAAACGGGUCUGUAACAUCCGACCCACUCAUGGACAAGACGAGACAAAAUGACAAAAGGCUCCGUUCCGCUGCAGUCCAGAAUCCAGAUAGCCACAAUGGGCAACUGAUAAUUUGGAAGUUGCAGCGCCAGGUGUUCGGAAAAAGCACCGUGUCGUCAUCAGGGUCACCGGCCGCUCCUGCAACUGUAUCACCCUGCAAUAGGAUCAACCCACGUGACUGUCUUCCUUCGCCGGCGGAGGCCCCACGUGUGAUGCUGAUGGAAACGCAUUGUUCAAUUCAAAACUGCAAAACUCGUGGUUUGAACAGCGAGGAGAAGGACACUAUAGAAAUGGGUUUUGAAUGAUUCCUCAUUUCAAUUUGCACGGACUCUCUUUUCUGGAAUCCCAAUCGACAGCUUUAAGCAAAGGUUGAAACUUUGGCCUCUCUUCAUCUCUUGAUGUUUAACAAUCGUACCAAACGUUCUUAUUCUUACAUGAACUCCGGUGAGCUUUCAAUCCCAUUUUUUAUCCCAUUUUUUUAACAUAUUCAAGUUAUGACAAUUGAAUCUAUUGUUGAUAACCCUAAAAAUGCUUUCUUUUGUUGACAUUUGUUACAUUUUGGAUCUUAGAAAUCUCCUUUUCUUGGUGGGUGGGCGUUGAUUUCUAUUUUAUUAUAUAGGCAAGGUGGAAGAAAGUGUCAUAUGGUGGAGGUGAUGGUUGUGAUUUUUUUUUUUUUUUCUUUUUUUGACUUUAGUGGUCUUUUUGCCUUCAUCCCAAAUCUCAUGUUAGAUUGCUUUCAAACACGUGCAACUUCUAUGUAUUUUCAGUCUGUAUAUUGGUUUAGAUUGCAUCCCAUAUGAAAAGUAAAGUUUCCAACUUUUAUUACCCUCUUCCAAGGCAUCAUGGGGUUUUUAACUGAUUCUCAUAUCCUUCAUUGUAGUUCUGGUUUGUCGUUUGAUAUCUAGCUUAUUUCUCUGAUUUGGUUGAUGGGGUUUUGGUUUCUUAUGAUCUUUGUUAUUCUUUUUGCAGAUUGAGGCCUUAUAUAAUAAUGGAAUUAAAAUUUG